UCUCUCAGCCUCCUCACCAUCAUCAGCAGCCAGUCAGUCGCUCUCUCCCUGCGCACAGCUGAGCCUCAGCAUCCUAACUGCCUCCCCUCUCUCUCUCUCACACACACACACACACAGUCCUUCACACACCUCUCAGGUGCUGCUGAGCCCAGUCAGAGGAAAAGAAAAGGAAUAAACACACCACCAUCACAACAACAACAACAACAACAACAAAGAGGAAAGAAGAAAGCAGCCUGAGAGGAACAGGAUGAGGAUGAGUGUGUGCAGUGUGCCGGCAGUUCUCUGCUGCCGUCCCACUCAGACUCCACUGCCUUUCACAUCCUCUCUGAUGCUUCUCCUCCUGGUUCUGAGCAGCAGCAGCAGCAGCAGCGGCAGCAGCAUCGGAGUCGUCCCUUCUUCUCCUUUCCAGCUGGCCCCGGACACUCCGGCUCCAGCUGAGCCCACGCCGACCCAGUCCACACCUCGCCCGGACCCCUGUGAGGGCCGACCCUGCCUCAACGGGGGCUUCUGCCUGGCCCUCCCCUCUGCUGGCAGGCCACAGGACACCUGGGAGUACAGCUGCACAUGCAGCCAGGGUUUCACAGGACGCAACUGUGAGUUUUUCACAGACCCUUGUACCAGCAGCCCCUGUCUCCAUGGAAACUGCAGCCAGAGUGACAGUGGAGAGGAGGGGGAGCCGACUUACACUUGUGAGUGCAGUGAAGGCUACGAGGGGGAGAGGUGUGAUCAAAUCUUAUUGGACCUCCCAGCUGCAGACUGGGAACCCGCCACCCCAUCUGCUCCUGAACUGGCGACUCCUGUCACCUCCAGCACCGCUGCUGCCACUCAGCCGCCACAGCCAACCACUAUCACCUCCACCACAACACUGGCACCUCCUACUCUGCAGCCAUGGCAACCCAAACCUGGGCAGAGGCUGCUGGUGGUGCCGUGGGAGGCAGAGAGGGUGACAGAGGGUCUGCACUGUAUAAGUCCGGAGCUGUGUGAGCUCACAUCAGGAACUUUGACUUUGUCUCUGGAGGUGCCUGAAGAGACGGCUGUAAAGGUGCUGGUGAAUGCCAGUGGAGCUCCCGUACUUUGGCGUCUGAAUGAGGAGGAUUUCCUCCGUUCGUCUAUUUCGAACGGUUCUACGAUGUGGUUCCUGCAGGCUCCCGAUGGGCUGGUGGUGUCGGAUCACCUGCUGCCUCUGGGGCAGAACUACUUCCUGAGUGUUUUACACGUGGGCGCCCCCACAGCCCCGGAGGUCAUCUUGCGUCUCAACCUGACGGUGAAGGCCAGCAGCUGCGUGGAGCCUGGCAGCAGCUUCAGUGACCCUCAGUGCUCUGGCAAAGGCAAAUGUGUCACCCAGCCUUCUGAGAGCACUUUCUUCUGCGAGUGCGAGGACGGCUACACUGGAAUAUUCUGUGAAGAGUUUGAUGCCUGCCACCGCCGACCUUGUCGCAACAAUGGCACUUGCACCGAUGUCAGACAGGGAGGCGAGAGACGUAACUUCACGUGCAGCUGCCCUCCAGGUUACGAGGGCGAGCGCUGCCAGCUGCUUGUUGACCACUGCCUCUCUCACCCCUGCAAAAACGAGGCCACGUGUAUGAGCAGCCUGGCCGGGCCCAGGUGCUACUGCCACGAAGGCUACCAGGGAGCUACAUGUGAGCAGAAGGUGGACCCGUGUGCCUCCAGCCCCUGUCACAAUAACGGGACCUGCUUUGCUCAGGGCCCCGGGCCCCUGGGGUUUGGCUGUACCUGCACAGCAGGCUUCACCGGCCCCACAUGUGCCCAGCUGGUGGACUUCUGUGCCCUGAACCCCUGCGCCCACGGUGUCUGUCGCAACAUUGGCAACAGCUACAGGUGUCUGUGUGUGCCAGGUUACCAUGGCUUGUACUGUGAAGAAGAGUACAAUGAAUGUCUGUCUGCCCCCUGCCAGAACUACGCCACCUGUAGAGACCUCAUUAAUGCCUACGAGUGUGUCUGCACGUCACAGUUUGAAGGCAGACACUGUGAAAUCUACAAGGAUCCUUGUCUGAAGUUGCAUUGCCAGAAUGGAGGCAAAUGUGAGAGCACAGGACUCAACGCCUCCUGUGCCUGUCCUCCUGGAUACCUGGGGGAGAAGUGUGAAGUGGACAUCAACGAGUGCGAGAGCAACCCCUGUCACCACGGGGGCACCUGCAGCGACCAAUCAAAUGGAUUCACCUGUCACUGUCAUCCUGGGUGGGUGGGGCCCGGCUGUGAGAUCUACCUCCAGUGGAAACCCGCGCACACCGAGGACACACUGACCAACAUGCCUCGCCACUCUCUCUACAUCAUCAUUGGGGCCCUGUGUGUGGCCUUCAUCCUCAUGCUCAUCAUUCUCAUCGUGGGGAUCUGCCGCAUCAGUCGCAUCGAGUACCAGGGCUCGUCGCGUCACGCCUACCAGGAGUUCUACAACUGCCGCAGCAUUGACAGCGAGCUCAGCAAUGCCAUCGCCUCCAUCCGCCACGCCAGAUUUGGAAAGAAGUCCAGACCUGCCAUGUACGAUGCCACUCCCAUCGCGUAUGAAGACUACAGUCCUGAUGACAAGCCCUUGGUCACACUCAUCAAGACGAAGGAUUUGUAAAAACACAACCCUCAUAAGCGGCACAUUAACGCAUGUGCACACACACAAACACACACACACACACACACACAAAGGAAGUUAAAAAUAAAUCUUUAACUAUUUCUUACAAAAAAAACAGCAAAAUGAAAUUGAAUGUAAAGUAGGGAGAGAAAAAAAACAAAACGUACUCAUUAGUUUUAAAAGAAACAAAUCUGGAUUUGAUACAUGUAUUUUCUUGUCAAAGUCCACGAUAAGGCUUUAUUGUAGCAUAAGAGCAUUCUUUACAUUACUUAAUGUUAUUAAUGAUGGGUGACACAACCGUUGAGUAGUAGGCGGGGCCAGAAACGCAGGAGCCUAGUUUUCUAAGUGUAAACAACAACAGUUCUUACAGGUGUUGUAGAAAUAGGUGCACCCUUCAUGGUGCAUAUGCUGUAACUUUUUUCUAUAUCUAAAAACGUCUGCAGUAGGUUGCCUUACUUCAUGCAUGGUUAGAUUUGAUGUUCUCUCUGCAUUAUUUUAAACUCUUUUGAACUUGAUUGUUGGUUGUUUUGUUUUGUUUGGUUUUUUUGUCACUGCAUUGUAUUUCUCUCUGUCAAAAUUGUGCCAAAUAUUUUCUUAGGGUAAUUUGUCGUCGGUUGAUCAAAUACAUGUAUAAAAAUGCUAGUCACAGGAUUAUCCUUUCAAAAUAAUACAUGCUUGUCCUGCUCUUUACAUGCAAGUGUACCAAUAGUAAAGAGAGUGGGGGUUUACUGGAGUACUGUGUCCCCACCAUCGCACUCGAUGUAUUUCAGAGAUAUUUAGGAUAAUAGGUAUAGGUAUAUUUCACAGAGCACAGAAACAUAGUUGGUUUCAUUCAGUUUAACUUUUCAUCCCUGUGUACAAAUUCACCUCUAGUAUUCACAGUGUUAAGUAGUUUCUGGAUGAGAGUUUCAUUGCUGGGGUGGCUGAGGAGGAGGAGGAGGAGGAGGAGGGAUGAGGUCUACUCCAGUAUAUACUCUACGUGCUUCUGUGUCCAGCCAGUGGAAAACUCUGUCUGUGCAGCUGUUUUGUUCCCCCUUCAAGGUCAAGCAAUGUUUUACCAGUGAGCUCAGCUAAUCCUGAUUUUUUUUUUUCCUCUUGUUUAAAAAAAAAAACCAAAAAAAAAACACGGCAAACACACGAUUAUCUAUGUUGAAUGAUGUGAACAAUAAAGAACUCAAGUGAACAUUAUCCACAGAA